AUGCAUCAACAACAACACCAAAAUAUCAUCACGUCGAAUUUAUCAAUUCCGACCAUUUCCAAUCUCUCUGUUUGCUUUACCUUGUGUUGUAAUCACCAUCAAACCAAUACAUUGUUAAAUCCGGAAUUAAAAAAUAGUAAUGAAAUGAAAAAGAAGAAUCAAUUAUUAUUUUUGCAACCACAUGAUGAUGACCAACUGAAAACGGAAUCAUCAUCCAGCAUGGAUAAGAAACAACAUUAUUUACCUUCAGAACUUGCAGAAUGUAUUAUCAACUGCUCACAGACUCGGAAACAAGCGAUUUCCAUGUUAUUGGGAUUGAAUGAUGAAACAAGCCAAUGA